UGUUUUUACGCUUGUACGCUCGACCUCUUGACCGGCCGAGGAUCAUAAUGCUAGAGCCGGUUCUGGGAACGUUGCCGAUCUGGUGGCUGGUGGUAUACGCCAACAUUCUGCUGCUGCUGUCGCCGUUGGUGCUGCUGAUGAUCGUCUUCCUUCCGAAUUUCCCGAUCUUGCUGCUGCGGCGAAUCUGUUACAUACCGAUCGAGUCGAUCUGACCGAAGUUAAAUCGUCGAUCGAUUUAUCGAUCGGCGAUUUAUCGGAUGUGUACGUGAUUAGUUACGUUAUAUCAAGUUCGUUAUCACGGCGACGUGCGGCUGAUAGCGCGUAACUGCAACGUGCAGUCGUAAUAUAAUACGUUGCGUGCCACUCGAGGAUAAUCAAAGCGAACGCUCGAGCGAUCGCGAACUUUGGCGAUUUCGUUUGCUGAAAUUUCAAAUCGCUCACGUAAUCUUAGGUAUAUCUAUGCGCUUCGGAUGCGUUACGAAUCACAUGUCGCGUUGUGGGAUGCCGCGAGUGCGUAUCGAGUUGAAAGGCGUCUCUCGCUGUCGCGGUCGUCGUGAGAUUUAUCGAUAUAGAUACGUGUACCGCAAAGUGAUUAGACGCGCAAAAAAAACAUAGUUGUCUUCAUCGAGUAGAGGAACAACGCGUCAUGAUUAUUGUGCUAGACUCGCGCGUGCUCGAGGUUCAAGCGCGUUCACCAAGCGUCGCUGCACAACGACGUUGCUGAAUUCCAGCUGAGACGCCUCUUCCUAUUCUAUCUGCCGUUUUGGAGAUGUUACGGCGCGGAUUUACAUAAAGCCAUUUCGCAAUCAGCAGCUAGCGCUUUGUCGCACGUCUUGUCGCGCGCCUGUAUGUUGGUAACUGUAACGGUGUGCGUUCAUUAAACGGGAGAAAUCAGAAUUGCGGAAUUUUGUUUUCAAUAGAAACGACGCGCGCGGAUGUAUAUUCGAAAGUUUCCUAAGAGAGAGAGAAACUGAAUUUCGUUCAAGAAUAAUUCAUUAAUAAUAGUCACGCCUGAGUAAACGGCAUUGCAAAGCUGCGAAUAAGAAUAAAUCGUGCUUCGUGCGCUCCGCGCGGGCCACAGGGAGGCACGAUUUUAUCGCGUAUUUUUCAAACAUUACACGUCUAUAUGUCUUUUGUCACACGUCACAUUUCCGCACGCGUUGCUUUCAGGGACAAGUGCACGCGGCAACUAUAACGCGAAGGCCCAUAAUUAGAAGGCGAAUUGAGAUACGAGAUACGCCAAGGCGAACUACUUUGUGCGACGAGGCGAGAGAUCGACGCAUUAUUAUCGGGUUAUUUAUGAAUUUGUAACUGGCGGCGCGUGGAAAAAGAAGCGGAUGAUCCACCAAUACGUGCCACCACGUGUUUUCUGAUUAAAUAUCUCGAUAAUCGUUGGGCCCGUAUGUCAGAAAUGAUUGACAAUGGCUUGUGUACAAAAUAUAAAGUUUCUUAUUUUUCCACUCGUCCAUGCGUAAACUCGAUCGAAAAUAUUAUAGCGGUACCAACAAUAAUAGCAAUCUCUAAAAUUUUACAUAAUUAAAAUAGAUUAAAGUUCCGUUUCAUCAUUUUUUUUCUAUAUAAUCUGGGACGGGAGAAUCUGGAUCAAAGCUAUUAGAUCAUGCGUUUGACAUAAUUACGUAAGAACAACGUAUUUGUUAUUUAAGCAUUGGAUCAUUCAGGGGUGUACGUGAUUUCGAAAGUGAUUUCUCUCUCUCUCUCUCUCUCUCUCUGUGUGGGGAUGCGCGUUUCCACCCAGGAAUCGCUCGUUCAUACGCUGCACUCGGCGUGUGCAUCGGUGAAGGAGGCGUAUCACAAAUGGCUGUCCUUCUACAAUUCUACCGGUGAUAUAGGCUGGCCCGAAGUUGGACAUUAUAGUAGCGAUCGGAGAGUACUUUCGCCGAGAGUCGCCCGUAGUGGGGGAGGCAGGACUUGAACCCCGGUGGAACCCUAUGGACCCAUAUAUACUACGGGCUCUUGCAGCGCUCUUGCUACUUGUGGUGCCUGCUCCUCGUCGGAUUCCCCGUUGUGCAGGAAACGCGCGGAGGAGAGAAGGUGAUAAGAAGCGCGACGCGAAGAUGAAGUUGUUAAUCUUACACAUGGUGAUUACCGUUGCGGUCGCCGCGCCGGGUCUUCUCAAGGUGCCGAAGGUAUACAACGCCGUGAUUACGAGCAAUCAGAAUCUGUCGCCGUCACGAGCAUUCCCCGUGAUACAACCGGUCAUUCAUCGAACUGCCGUUGGUUAUGUGCCGCCAUUCUACUACACGCAGAUAGCGCCUCACUUCGCCGGACCGGAAGUGGUGCAUUAUUCGUCACACACCGACCAGGCGCAGGCCUCCUCCUCCUCCUCCUCCUCCUCCACGUCACACCUGGCCGAAUCUACGAGCUUUGGUAUCGCGAAGGGCCGCAAAGGCGCGAUCGAUCAUACGAAGGGGAACGACCCGAAGAGCGACGAUAGGAGGAAUUCCGCAAAGAGGAAAGAAGAGCAAGAGCCGUUGAGCUUCUACCCGAACUAUCAUUCUUUCUACUAUGAGCCGUACAUCUACACGUACAACGGCUACAAUCCGCAUCUCGUGCCCGGCACUUAUUACAUCGAUUACCAGCCCUACGAGUCCCUGGAACCCAUCCCGGCUACCACGCCGAAGGACGCGGAUUCAGGGCACCUAUUACCGAGCUUCCACGACGAGAGGAAAGUCCACACGAAGAAUGACAGGGAAAAAAUACCGGACGUACCGCCGCCACCGCCGCCGACCUCCAUACCGAAGAGAUCUUGAGUCUUGUAAGGUGGAAGGUGGUAUAUCGAAUUGAAUUGAAUUGUAAUCGAUAGGCGAAGAAGGAAGUCUUGUGGAUUUUUUUUCUCUUACGUUGCAAGCGCAGAAUCGAUAAGUCAAAAUUUUUUGUUUAAUCUUUUCUUCUUCUUUAAUCUUUUUGGAAAAUAUUUUAUCAGCCAUAAAAAGCCUUUAUUGUUUGUACGUUGAAAAAUAAUCGACUGCUCGUUGACGCAGUUCUGCAAUCGAUUGGCAGUACAUUUGAACUUUAAUUGCGAUUACUUGAGUAUAUAAUAUUCAAUAUGUAUGACGCUGCAGCUCGACAAUGUUAAAAAAAAGUUUUGUUUUUACUACUGACUUAGACUGAUGCCGAAUCAAAAGAGAAAAUCGAAUUACUUUUACAAUUCGUUUGAUAUUUUUCAUGGAGACAGUUUUGAACUUUUGUGAUGUAUUUUACAUAUGUGUUAAUUUGUUUUUCUGUUUUAUAUAGCUUGCGAUGCGACUCACUUAGUAUCAUAUAGUAAGACUAAAAUAAC